AUGUUGGCCCUACGGUCGUCUCUUCUGUUCUCCACACUCAUUCUCGCAUUCUUCAUCGCCGUAACUCAAUCCCUCGAGCUAGGGGGCAGCAUAGAAGUUAAAUACUUAGGAAACCCAAACCAAAAGCGCGCCCCGGUAAAGAAGGACCACGACCCGCCACCAUGUGCACCAGACGGCGUCAAGCCCAAGAUCAUCAAAGUCACGGACGAUGGGGCCAAAGUGGGUGUACUGCCGUAUACGUUUGAGAUGGUCAGGGAUGCAAACGCAAAGCAUGCAGCGGGUAAGACAACCAAAUCCAAAUCCAAGCUGCGGUCUUUACUCGAUGUCCCCCUUGAGAAGCUCAAGCAGUGGAAUGCGAGAGAUCUCGCCAAAAGACAGAAUGGUGUUCUUCGUCAAUGGUACAACCAAGCCACGGCCAAAGUCGCUACAGACAGUGGCGAUGCGCACAUUUGGAGCGCUUCCGGAGACAUCGAAGACCAGAUGAUUGCCACGGGGGACUUGUCCGGGUGUACAGUCCUUAUUGUCUCGUCUCCCUUCGUAACCAUUAUGAUCCACGUAUGGGAACGUCGUGCCAACGAAGGCGCUGCCUGGCUGUUGGAUCACUUUGGCGCAGCGCAAAAAACCCAGGACCUUGCCUUUGCUAAAAAGGGCCAAGAACUCCUUGCGGUGCCCUUGCGCGCCUUCGGGGGUACCAUCGCUAAUGGGUUUGGCGGAUGGCUUCCACUUGAGCAGACCACCGUGAACAUUGUGGCGCCGGGGAUCAACCCGGAUUACACGCAAACGAAAACCCCAGCCACCGCAGUCAACCCCUUUUAUGCAGUGAACGACCCAAAUAACCCGGGGGGUCUUAUAUUCCCCAACGGCGCCAUUACCUUACAACAAAUGUCGGUGGUAUUGGUGAUUCCUGGCAGGGAGUCCACGCAAAGCAAGAUACAUACGUAUAGGAGGAGGUAUUCGAAUGAUCCAAAGCACAGAACGGAUGAUCGUGAGUUUAUUAUAGUUAAGCCUGUUAUUAUGCCGAAUAAGGAGGUGUGGGCUAUGAUGCAUUACGAUGAUAACAAAACAUACCCGCUUUCGAAACUGUCAGUGGCUCCCUCAUCUUAG